ACAAUUGGUGAGUUUUGUGAGACGAAGUACACUAGGGUUAUUGUGUUGUUUGUAUUUACCUUCGUCAUCUUGUCAGUGGGAAUCACGUUGGUGUAGAGUCCAGCAAUUAAACAGAGAGAGCGUUUGCUUGUGUUGUAAUGAAUUCAUGGAUGUGAAAAAUGAGCUACAGCCACUUGUCGGUGAGAGAGUAGCUUUGUAUGAAAACGCACAUUCUAAGGAAAUGGCCUGCCAUACAAGUCCAGUCAGUGAACUUCGUGAUGUGCGCAAUUUGUUAUGGGGAUCCUGUAUUAAGGAAGAUGUCUUCAGAAGAUGGGCGCAAGGAUUUCAGUUCAGUAAGUACGAACCCACUGCUCUUGUGCAAAAUGAAGGCGGACCGUGCGCUGUUAUAGCGCCUGUUCAAGCAUUUAUACUUAAGUCGAUACUCUCCAAACAGUUGGGUAACAACUGGAGAGAUGCUGACACAGAGUCAUGUAACAGGCAUUUAGUUCAAGCUGUUUGCGAUAUCCUCGGUCAAGUCAAUGCUUACACAAAGGGAAAAAUUUUCAUUGCUACAAUGAAUGAAAACCCCUCUAACAAACCCUCUGAGUGCAGCGAUGGUUCACAAUCACCAGUAGUAGUGGAUUCAAUAGAAAAUCCAAUUAAACCUGAAGCAUUGGAUUGCGAGAAUUUUCACGCACGUCUGAAACUGAUUUCAUUUGCUAGUAUGGGUGAUGUGAGAACAUUUUACACUCAGAGGAUCAGCAUUUUGAGAGAUAAGUAUGGUGUUUUACAUCUCCUUUACUCGGUGCUGUGUACCAAAGGUUUACAGCAGAUCCGCAGCGAAAUGAACGAACCCGAGGAGUCAUUGAUCGACGAAACAUACGGCCACGCAAGCCAGAGCUUGAUCAAUCUGAUGCUGACGGGUCGAGCCGUGAGCUACGUGUGGAACCACGACAGGGACAUUGACGGUCUGAGGCUGAGAGGCGUGGACCAGCAGGCAGAAGUGGGUUUCCUCACGCUUCUCGAACAUUUCCGAUACUGCGAGGUGGGGUCGUUCCUCAAGAACCCGAAGAACCCGGUGUGGCUGCUGGCCAGCGAGACGCACCUCACGGUGCUGUUCUCGCCGGACAAGCGCCUGGCGAGCGCAGAGACGCCCACCCAGGUCGCCUGCCGCGUGUUCAAGAGCUUCGACCCGGAGGGCAACAACUUCAUCGCGGCUCCGCUACUGCAGGACGUGCUGAGGACGCUGGACCUCGUCUCGGACAAGGAGUACGUGGACAUCAUGGUGAAGAAGCUGGACCCAGAGAGUCUAGGCAUCAUCCUGCUGAGUGCGUUCCUCGACGAGUUCUUUCCCGAGGAGAAGCUGUCGACCCCGGACACUUUCGCGCUGCUGCAUUACAACGGCCUGCCGCAGUCGUGCCCCGGCGGCCAGGUGGUGUAUCGCGAGGGCAGCGCCGUGCUGCUCGAGACGGACGUUCUCAGCGUGCUGAGCAGCGACGCGAUGCUCACUUGUCUGCAGACCAAGUGGCCGAGCAUAGAAGUGCAGUGGCUGUCGGGCGGCCCUCCUUCCCUCAACUGAUCCCCCUGUCCCUCACUACCAUGCACGUUCUGUCAAACCAUUUGAGCCUAAAGCCGCAUAGUACUAAAAUUAUUUUAGCACGUUUUUUCGACUGCGAGUACGUAUAUCGUAAUGCCGUAUAUGCUGUUUUAAUGUGUGUGAUUGUUUAUAGCCAUUGUAUGGUUGUAAUCGUAAUGAUGUCUUUAUUGCUCGCUUCGUAUUGCCAGAUGUAGUUGCUCUAUUGACGUUCAAAAUAUUUAUUGAAAAAAAAAAAAAAAAUCAUUUGUUUUGGUUUGGUGUAGCCAAGAAUGUAUCUGUCUGGAGUAUUACUAAAUGAUGAAUUGUUAUGUGAACCGAAAUUUUCCAGAAUUACUUCAUUCUUCUAUGCGUCAAUACGAGUGCUUUAUUUGUUUCCUGGAAAAGGUGUGUAACUGGUAUACCUUUAUUCAAUUUUGUAACAGAAAUAAAAAUAUUGUUGAAUUGUGAAA